CGUGAUCUGCCACCGAAUUGAUCGUCCGCGUAAUGUCUUGGCGGUUGCCGAAAGCAGUUCGGCGCGUCAGCGGCGUGCAAUACGCUUGAGUGCCGUUCGUCUAGCAAUAACGACAAUACUGCAGUGCGUCCAAGGCCCAACGAAUAACAGCACAGUAAAACGGCCACAGCGAAGUAAACGACGCGGCCCACUCCAAGAGGUUUUGUCUAAUCGAUCACGUGUAUUUAUGUGCGCUAAUUAACAGUUUCUUGCUACUAAGAACAACUGUGCCUACUAACAAUCACAGCUGGGUACCGUUGAAAGGAUGAGUGAGCUAUCAAACGUUUGGCGCCGAUCGCCAAUGACGUCCGGCUGGACCCUUGUGCUUCUCGUGUGCUCACUUCGAGUUGACCGUACAACUUCAUCAAAUGACAGCUGCUGUCUAUUCGGUGAGUUUCUAGCGCAAACUACUGGCGGAUGCAAACGGAUUGCUGCAAAUCUACGACAAAAAGAGUUUUCCUUCGACGAGUCGAAGGAGUGCCUCGGUUAUUUCAGUCGUUGCUGCCGUAGAAAAAUCAACGAGCAAAAUUGCCAAAAAGGACGUGAACACGCUCGUUCAGGGAAACCCUGCGAAGAGCUCAUCCAUGCCAAGGCCGAGGAAUGCUGUACAGCUUGUCGAGAAGGACUUGUGUCCGAGACAUGCUCGGCGCCCUGGUUGGAAGGAGAACCCAUUUUGAAUAGGACGUUUCAAGCGUGCUGCAAACAGCAGACAACUCAUUCCGCUUCAACGGCGACCUGGAGAAGCCUCAGUUUACAGCAACGACGAUUAUCGAGUUUACCGGGUCCUUUUCCGUUAAUGUGCAACCAAGGUUACCACUUCAAUAGGACGCUUUUGGCAUGCGAAGACAUCGACGAAUGCUUCUUGGGGAAGUAUUCCUGCCCUCGCGGUACGAUAUGCCUUAAUCUACCUGGAGGAUACGAGUGUUCAUCAAACGUUUUCGAGCUCCAGAAGAUCGAGGUGAUUCCUGACUGCCCAACAGGAUUCUUUUAUAGUCGGCACGUCAAAGACUGUAUAGAUCGAGAUGAGUGCGUCAGUGGGGAACACAUAUGUUCCCCAAAUGAGGUUUGCAUGAACACUCUCGGCAACUAUUACUGCCGCAAUAAGUCAUGGACGGAUUGCGAGCCUGGCUACAGAUUUCAUAUAGAUCAGGGUUGUAUUGACGUGGACCAAUGUUCGAGUGUGCACGAUUGCUCGACUGAAGAAGAAUGCGUAGAUCGUGGAGGUCAAUACGUCUGUGUCAGUCACUGUCAUAGAGGUUACAAGGUGGACCCAGUUACGGUCGAGUGCAAUGAUAUCGACGAAUGUAUGGAAGGUACACAUAACUGCACCGUAUUGGAGACAUGUAUCAACCAGGAAGGAUCCUUCCGAUGCGCGGCCAAGCAAUUGCCGGCUUGCAAACAUGGAUAUGACAGACAAGGCAGCGAGACAUGCGAAGACAUUAACGAGUGUGCUUUAGAGAUUCACAACUGCACAUUAACGGAAAGCUGCUUCAACAAAGAAGGAGGCUUCGAAUGCAGAACGAAACCUGCAUGUAACAAAGGCUACUGGAGAAACAAAAAAGGAGAAUGCGAAGAUAUCGAUGAGUGCAAAGAGCAUCGAGAGGCAUGCGGUCCGCAUUCGCGAUGCGUAAACAUGGCGGGAAGCUUCGUCUGCCAUAGGACCUGUGGGCAGGGCUACACACACGACAACGGGACGUGCAUCGAUAUUGAUGAAUGUUUUACGGGAGAUAUCAUUUGUUUAGUCGGGCAGCGUUGCGAAAAUCUUGAAGGAAGCGCUCGUUGUGUUGACGAAAACUGCGAACUCCUUGGUAAAGUGACAGCUCCUGAUGGAACUUGUCUUCUGCGAAGGACGUGUGCGGAUGGCUACUACCACGAUCGGGGUUUUGACAUCUGCAAAGAUAUCAACGAGUGCGUUUUAAAAUAUCCAGCUUGUGCUCCCGACCAGGAGUGCAUAAAUACCAUAGGAUCUUAUCGUUGCACCCGUAUUAUCAGUCGCGACUCCGGCAUUAAGUGCCCCGAAGGGCUAAAACGCUCAGCAAACGGAACAACCUGUGAGGAUGUUGACGAAUGUCAAGAAGGUCUGCACACAUGUGACCCACACACUGCAGAUUGCGAUAAUACGUUUGGUAGUUACCUUUGCCACUGUAAAGAAGGAUUUACUAGUGACUGGAGGGGCAUUUGCGUUCGAGCGGAGCAAAACUGGAACGUCUCGGAAAAAUCGAAGUGCCCUCUUGGAUAUCGACCGGACGGCGAAAACUGCGAAGAUAUCGAUGAAUGUUUUGAAAUCGCCCGGGUCGGCAAUCCGUUAUGUGAACAUUCUUGCGUGAACCUUCCCGGAACGUACCGUUGUACAUGUCACAAUGGAUUUGAGCCCGAUCUCUACGACCCAACAAAAUGCAUAGACGUGAAUGAAUGUGAGCGCGGCUUAUGUAAAGGCGUUUGUAUCAAUAAGAUUGGAUCGUUUGAAUGCACCUGCCCACCAGGCUUUGUGAUGAACGGGCCAUCAGCAUGCAUAGAUAUUGACGAAUGCCGUGCCGGGACUAACAAUUGCACAGGCAGUGAAAAAUGCAUCAAUAUUGAAGGUGACUUCCGAUGCGUUGACUUCACCUGUCCUGAAGCAUCGAUGUAUAAAAAAGACGCAAAACGAUCUCGGUGCAUCCGGACUGAAUUGUGCGAGCAUCAUGGCUGUCGACUUACGCCAAAGAUUAUUACGUUCGCCUAUAAACCCCUGAAGCGUGAUUCAUCACAGCACCAGCGCCAGAAAAUAUCAGUAAAACCGACUCAUGCGCGAGACGAAUUUGCUGAAUUUACGUUUAACGUUGACAAGAUUGUUGAUCGAAGACAAAACACAAAGGGAAAGCUGGCCACGAAUGAAGACUUCCGACUCUAUCAUCACAAGACGUGGGCUAAGUUGGUGUUGCGACGCCGUUUGACUGUGGCACAGGAUAUUUAUGUUACGCUAAAAGCGAAGAUAUAUCGGAUGAAUUCUUUUCGCAGGGACGAGCUGCAGGAAACCCGCGAAUGGAAGAUAAUAUUCUACGUGCCACAGAAUACAUUUUAGGAUAAAGCAGGACCAUGUAAUAAA